AUGUCGACGCCGAUGGAGGAGCUCCUGGCCCAGCUCAUGGCCAAGCCGGUCGCCAAACCGACCAUGGAGACGCUCCCGGCCGACCUCAUCAUCGAGAUAGCGGGCUGCGUUGACGACAUCAAAGAUCUGAUCAGCCUCCGUGGAACACAGCGGCGCAUAUAUCACGUCACCGCUGGCCUGUUUACCCAGAGAAUCCAGAGCAUGCCCUGGCUCGUUGCGUUUCACAGCCUCGGCGCUCUGGGAGCCCUCGCUAACAGGACCGAAAUCGCUAACAAGCUACGCGUCCUCCGUCUUGGGUCUCACUACAUCGAACCGGCCCAGCGCAGGUCUUUUGACGAGCGACUCGAGAAUGCUUCGGAGGACCAAAAGCAAACCAUCUUGGUCCAGCUCGACAAUUGGCGUAGGCAUUUUUCGCGGCAGGUGAGGUACUGCGUCGACAAGGAAGACUGCAGGGCCUUGACGGGGAUUCUCGACCGUCUGACCAAACUCGAACAUGUCGAGGUCACCGACGCUGUGUCUACAGAUGCCGAGGUGGCCAAGAGGUUCAGUAUCUACGAGAAGCGGGACGGCAAGUGCUUCGGCAUGGAGAAGUUUGCGAGAGCGACGGGGAGCCAUUACGCCAGCCGGGCCAGCCCCAUUGAACCCCUCGGAAACCUGUUCGGCAAGAACACCGGGCUCGGCCACAACUUCGGUGUCCUCCUCGAGGCCCUCGGCGCCGCGCAGCGGCCCAUCCGUUCCCUGCGCGCCUGGCACUGGCCCAACGACAUGGAGCGCGACUUCGUCUCCAUCCACUACCUGCCCCCGAUCGACGCCACCACCACGCUCGGCGACCAGCUCGCGACCAGCUUCGCCGACCUGACCAGCGUCUCGCUGAUGCUGCGCUGUGUGCCGCCGGAGCGCGCCGAGGUGGUCCGCUGCAUCAACUGGAUGUUCCUGCCGGCGCUGGCGCAGCUGGCGCCGCGGCUGCAGCGGCUGACGCUCGCGUUCGACGACACCGGCAGAGAGGGGCGCCAGUGGCACGACGCGCUCGUCGGCACGCUGCGCCGCUUCGCCAGCCACGCCGACUUGCCCGCGCUGCGCUUCCUCGACCUGCGCGACGCGCCCGUCCGCCGCUGCGACCUGCUGGCGCUGUGGGCCCGCACCCGCCGCACCCUGCGAGAGAUCCGCCUCAGCGGCAUCUCGCUCACGGCUGAUGAGAUGGAUGAUGACGCUGGUGGCCACGGAGGUUGUGGUGGCAGGUGGCGCCGCCUGUUCGCGGACGUGGCGAAAUUGUACGGUCUCCGGGGCCACGGCGGCGGGGUGGGCGACGAGGGGGAGGUCCGCCGCGUGCGGGUGCAGCUUGCCGGGCUGAUGGAGCUUGAGGCCGAGGUGAGCUUGUUGCCGCUGGACGUGGCGUACCGGCCUGGGGGGCUCGUGGUGUUCAACAACAACUGGUUCGACACGUGCAACCGCUGCCUGUACCAGCGCUAUGCUGUGCCCCAUGGCUGGCGUGACUGCCCCCAUACGUGCUUCACCACGGCUCUGGUGGCCGGCGAGGAGGAGGCUCAGCGCAACUUGGGCCUCGAGACAUUGCUGCGUGCGAGGACGGUGUCGAUGAGGGAGUUGGCCGAGCUUCGGGAGAAACUGAUGGCCGCCGAAGAGGAGAUGAUGAGGGAGUUGGACGAGCUUCGGGAGGAACUGAGCCGCUGA